GAAUUACAAAGAUACCCCUCCAAGGAGAAGGAUGUCAUAUUAAAUUCUCACCGUAGUAUUAGUACGGACUUGAACUGUGCAAAUCAAAUUAUGCUAUUGGUUAGGAGAUACAGUAUUAUACUGUGCAGUCUAUGAGCCUUUGCAUAGUGUGUACUUCCUGUAGUAGGUAUGGGUAGGACACCCCUGACUCCUUUUAUGACUUAUCACCACAGCUCGCGCAGAGAUGCGAUAUGUUCACCGUAUUUUCAUAGAAUCAUGAAAAUUCUUUCCAGGGAACCGCAGCCCCAGGCAGCAAAGGCCUAGUGACAUUCCAAGGAGACGAUAACAGACAUAAAAAAAGCACUGCCUUCUUAUGUUUCACCAAACAUUAUAAAUCCUAUCUCGUAUAACCCGUCACAUAUAAGAUUUCUUAGAAUAUAGAUAUGGACUUGCCGCCAGCACCUAAUGGACUUUCAAACCGAUGGAACCUCGGUCUACACUGGGGAAUAUGUUCCGGCCCAAAUUGCCAUAUCCGCAACAACCUACUCAAAUGCGGCGCGUGUAGAGUGAUCCUUUACUGCGGUACGUCCCAUCAGAAGGCAGACCAGGCGCGCCACAAAUCAUCUUGCGAUAUCAUCAAGAACGCCAGUGCAGAAUUGGUCCAAGCAGAACACGACAUGCGUGCACGUCCCGGUGACGCCUAUAUGCCGGAAAACCCCUUCGAGACAGCGCGGGGUCAGUUUUGGUUUUGGAAGCCCACGCGACCUUACAUGCAAAAGCGCUUCGAACUCACAUCUGCGCUUCUGAACACCAGGACCGGAGAUGCUGUUGAGGCUGCACUAGAACACAGCCUCGAGAUGUUGCAUUUGAAUCCUGGUGAUAACCAAAGUGUGCGAUCCCAAGUCCCCGGGCUAUAUCUGCGUCUCGGCAGGGACCAAGAGGCUUAUGAUUUCAUUAAGUGGUAUAACACUAUUGGGAGCGCCGCGGGUUACGAGUGGGGAAACCCGGAGAGCCCAUUCCUAAACCUACACGACGAGAAUGUGUUCGAGGGUGUCAAUGCGUGCAACAGGAUAGGGAUAGAUCUUAGUCAUCUCGCAUACCUAACAAGUCUAAAGGUUCGUCUCUUACUAGACCUUCAGAUGUUAGAGAAACAAUCCAAGAAACCCAGUAACCGUAACGCCGACUACGACAAGAAAAUGGAAUGGAUACGCGAAGACGCCAUCAGCGACGUACUUUACAAGCGCCGAGAUAUUGUCGAGCGGUCGGAUUGGGCCGAUCUUAUUGCUGACUUGAAUAACCAACUCAAAAAGCUCAUUAAGCAUGUUGAGGAGCGUUAUAAGCAUUACUGGCCGGCUUUGAAGUCUCCAGGAAGGUGGGCGGCGGCCAUACCUAUAUUAUAUGCGCUAGGUUCCCCCGAAGAAAUCAGCCUCGCAUUCAGACAAACACGGUAUUGCUGGGCAGAAUGUCCUUCUGCUCUUGAGUUCGUGAAAACGCAGACCUCGACAUAAUGUAGAUAAGGAAAGAAUUUGACAAGUUGAUCGAAGACGCUUCUACGUACCUAGAUAUUCAACAUUAAUAUCAACGUAAUGUACUAAACGACGAAGAAAAACGAAAUGCGGGGUACUAGAAUGUUGAAUUGAUAGAAACUAAAGAGUUCAAUACCGAUACCUUAAAUCCGAUUCCCCUUCAGUCCCGUUAUUUCCUUUCCUUUCCUGAUCUUGAAUUUAUUCAAGUGUUACCAUUUCUGUCCACAGUCACCGAGAUAUCAAGAUUAGUAUGCGGAUUGGCCCUUUUCUUCUCCAAACGGACGCAUGUAACUUCCGCCUUCGGUCCGUAAGAGAGGAGUUAACGUGCACUAAUGGAUUCUCCACGAGCAUAGUUUCCCGGGAUGUAAACAGCGUAUUUCCGAAAUGAGAACUAAGUAGAGAUUUAAGAGUAGAGCCCGGCCGGAGUUUACGUGAGCUGUAUGAUGUGCAUGUAGUUGGAUGAGGGCUAUUACCCACUCGGAAUCAGGAGCGAUGCGACUCUAUCUCUAGUUUCGGGAGGCAGG